CUGAACUUGUAAUAACAGUUGCCUGGUCAAUGCAAUCCAAGACCUGUACUAAAUGCGAGUUGUUGGCCAAUGCACUCCAAGACCUGUACUAAUAAAUGCAUUGUGCAUGACUGACCUGGAAUAAAACCGUGCUGAUUGUUACUAACGUAUUGAAGAAAAUGGUCUCUUGUUUUGACUGGUACACAACAUUCGAGAAGUUUUGAAAUACUUGACAAAAGAGAGAUUGUUUGAGACAUGAUCACGCUUGCCCUUUUUGAAUACUGGUACAAUGUUGCUAGUCUUUAUCGGUUAAAUCAUCCUAGCCUUAGGCUACUUGACAAUUUGUAUAUUUCUUUCGUUUCAACAGAUAUUUUUGUUGACUUUUAUAAUCCUGUAUGUGGUUUCUUAUUGUCUAAUCAAUAUAUUCCGUCAAAGAAGAGAUGACAUUGCCCAAGGUAAGAACAUAAUAUAGGACAUUAUUUCAUAGACAGCAUAAUUAUUAAUUAUAUAAAUACAAUGGGUUGUCUACGAUUAGAGUCAUGCAGUGGUGGAGACUAGGAAUGUUCGGUAUGAGAAAUUUCCAGUAUCUGUAUAUACCAAAACAAUUAUACUGAUAUUAUCGGUAAACCGGUUUUCCUUUGAUAAUUAUAAAGGAAAAUUCUUUAAUGGAAAUUUGAAGGAAAUUUUGAGUAAUUCUAAAAGGGAAACGAUAAUUUCGAAGCUGUUUCGAACGACACAUACUCAGUGUAAAAUCUCAUGAAGUGGAAAUUCUAAAUCAUUGCAGUAGAAAGUUCUUUGAAUUGCCAUUCAGUAGUAAAAUAAAGGUUAUGGUUUCGCCAUAUAGUUGGUAAAUUUAACACGAUAUACCAAAAAAUUACGGUAUAUCAGAAAUUUUGGUAUAUCGAUAUGGUUGAAUAUCCGGUAUCGAUAUACCGAUAUUGAUUUAAUACCGAUAUUUUCGAUAUAUCGGUAUACCGAACAGUCCUAGUGGAGACUUUAACAGACCUUCCAAGUUUCCCGCAAUUACCAUGAAAUUCCCGCAUUUUUGUUUGCUAUCACGCAUGAAGUGACUUUCUUCCCGCAUUUUUAAACUUAACUUGUUGAAGUUUCUUCCUGUGGAGCAAUUACUCCCAUUUCUUUUCAUUUGCACAAUGUUCAAUGCAUUCUUUUUGCCAAUGCCAGUGCCCAGAAGUCUUGAAAGUGUGUGUCUCAAUCACACAUCAAAAUUUUUAUUAAAAAUUAAAAACAUAAAAUUUUUCAAAACUUGACAGGUCUGCUUUUAAUACUUCGAUGGUUGAAAAAUUGUUGUUACAACUUUGUUACAGCCAUCAUUCAAAGCUGUUAGAAAUUAUUGGGGGCUAGUUGCCCCUCCCCUGCCGCCCAGUGUCCGCCACUGGUUACAGUAAAGGUUACCAGUUUGGUAGUAUGAUAAAUUUUAUUUUUGAUAGGCUAUUGAUAUUAAAAAUUGUCACUUAUCAGACUAGUAUUUAUUAUUUCAAUUUAUAAUUUUUGUAUCUGCACGUAGCGCUAGCUACUAUGCUAUCGAGUUGUGUGUGUGUGCGUUACACACUCAGGCCGACUAGUUAGGGCUGUACACCUGCGAACAGGCCGUAAACUGAAACAAAACAAAUAUGGCAGCUUUCUACAGGGUGACGAGGCAUUGGGGGAAACAUUAAUGGCAAUGUUGUUAAUGUACCAGCAAAUAUAACAAAUACUGUUAGCAUGUUACCACAACUGUCAAUUGAAACUGGAACCAUAAAAGUGAACUUAAAGAGAAGAUUACAAUAUAAAAGUUCAGCUUUAAAUGUAUAAAGACCUCACAAGUACGUAGUACAAGCUGCACAAUAGGUUGUUGAUAACACUAUAACAGUAACCUUUAUAGGGAAGAAGGUAUAACUUUUAAUAAUAUGUGGCUUCAAAGUAGUCCCAACAUUGUAUUAACUGCUGAUGACAUCAUGACAAUGAUGUGGAAAAUACUAUAAAUGACCUAGCUACCACAAAUAGACAUGCAGUAUUAAAUGUCAAUAAGACACAGUUACUACCUGAUGAUGAGCCAAGUGAUGAGCAGUGGAGUGAAGAUGAGGCAGAAAUACCUGCUGAAGUCACUGAAACUAUGUUAACUGCUCCAGACUUUCUUUCAGACAGUUGAUUGCGGUAGAGAAGACACUGCAAUCUGAACAUUCUUUGUCAUAUCAUCAAAUAUAAAUAUUGUAUAUAUUAGAACGUUGAUAAUUGUAGUCACUGUUCUCGCGUUAAUACCAGCAGCAUUGCUGAUGGGAUUUUUAACAGUUUAAAUACAGUCUUUAUUAUUAUUAUUAUUAAAUGUUUACUCAAUAAUUGUGAAUGAAUUUUUUUCCAUAGAAACCAUGCAAUUCCUUUGCGCAGAUACAUGUACUGCUAGCGUACCUAUUUUUAUAUACUAUAACAUUUCUGCAAAAGAUAUUGAUUAUUAUUUUGAAAAUUUCCAAAUUUCAUAUUUUCAAUUUCUUAUUUAAUGUUGAUAACACAGGAUGAUGGUUGUCUAAUUUGCCCGAGGCAGAGGCUCGUCAUACACAUACUCCACGACUAAGGCCAAGGGUUCCUCUGGUUUUCUUCCCUCACCAAAACCACGCAUAGAAAAAUGCUCUAAGUGCAGGAGAGAACCAUCCAAACUUUACUUUUCCUUGAUCUGGGUCGUGUUUUGGUCAUUUGUACAAACGCUGCUGUUUCAUUAAGGGUAUUGUAGAUGGAAAUUGUCGAGUGGAAAUUUAUAUGCAUUUACAGUUGUAUUAGACCUAACCAGGAACAGCGGCGAAAAAUGCAACUCUACGCCCCUGGCAGGAAUCGAACCUGCGGCUGCGAUUCCGGUGCAGCGCUCUAACCAACUGAGCUACAGAGGACAGUUGUCGAGCUCUAACCACAAGUUCAUGUAUAUGUAUAUACUAGGGUACUGCCAUGUUGGGUUAUGGGUAAAUAUCAAGAUUUUGUUGGCAUCUCACUCGAUUGAAUAAUAGUUGAAGGGUAUUGAAGGAAAGUUAUAUACAUUUAUUAGACCUAACUGGUCAGGAACAGCUGUGAAAAAUGUAACUCUGCCAGAGAUCUAAAGUUGCAUUUUUCGCAGCUGUUCCUGGCUAGGUCUAAUAAACGUAUAUAAAUUUCCACUUGAUAAUUCCCAUCUACAAGACCCUUCAACUCAUUAUUAAAUCGAGUGAGAUGCCAACAAAAUCUUGAUAUUUACCCAUAACCUAACAUGGCAGUACCCUAGCACAUAUACAUGAACUUAUGGGUAAAGCUCGACAACUGGCUUCUUUAGCUCAGUUGGUUAGAGCGCUGCACCGGAAUCGCAGGGCCGUAGGUUCGAUUCCUGCCAUGCAAGGACCUAAAGUUGCAUUUUUCGCAACUGUUCCUGGUUAGGUCUAACAAAUGUAUAUAAAUUUCCACUCGAUAAUUUCCAUCUACAAUACCCUUCAACUAAUAUUCAAUCGAGUGAGAUUCUUGAUAUUUACACAUAACCUAUAUACAUGGCAGUACCCUAGUAUAUAUACAGUAUAUGAACUUGUUGUUAGAGCUUGACAACUGGCUUCUGUAGCUCAGUUGGUUAGAGCGGUGCAACGUACAGUAAUCGCAGGGCCGCAGGUUCAAUUCCUGCCAGGAACCUAUAUAAAUUUCCACUCGAUAAUUUACUUUUCCUUACAUCAACACAACAGCUGGGCUGCAUGAAGUCUCAGCUCAGGCAGAAAAUUAUCAAUAUACAAUAUACGUACUUCUCGUCAGUAUAUUGUAUAUUGAUAAUUCAGUACUAUAUAACCAUUAAGAACAAGUCUCAAACUUGAAAGUUAGUUACAACCUGUUCGUGUGCAUAAUAUACGUGUUGCUAUACUCUGGUCCAUGUGAUUAAUCCGUUAAAGCAGAGUAAAAUAAUAAAGCUAGGGUGCAUUGGCACCUAAAGAGUUAAAUGUUGUUUUGUAGAUAUUGAAGAUGACUGGGUUUACCGGAUUUCGUAAGUAAACUUUGAACUAAGAUACUGCAUUUAUUUAAUUUAUUUUAUAAAUAUAAACUUGAACGAACAAAAUUGCAUACAGGGUGGAAGUUGUUUACAGUAGGCGUGUGUCUUUAAUGUGCAUGCUGCCGUUCGAGAGCUGCCUCCUCCGCAGGCCCUCGUUGUGUCAUGGGAAGGUCACGAUUUCGAGAGGGCCUGCGGAAUUUUGUAAAAUGAAUAAAUGUUGUUUUGAGAAGGCAGUUUUAUUCGUGCAACGUUGGUGUGGACAACAAACCUUAUCGUUAAAAAAUGCUUCCUUCCACGUCCUAAGAGUCGGCAGUUUAAUUUACAAGUUUCACACCGCUUUUUUAUAUCUGUUUAUAUUCAAGAUUAUGUAGAAAUUUACUUGCUGACGUGACGCCGGCGCCAUUUUUUUUACAAGAUUCCGCAGGUCCUCGCCAGAUCGUGACCUUCCCAUGACGCAACGAGGGCCUGCGGAGGAGGCAGGUUCGAGAUUUUGGUGCUAAGGCCUGGUCGCACUACACAACGAUAACGACCCGAUAACUUGUAUACGCGCGCUGACUGGUCAAAAAUUUAUCGUUAUCGUUUGACUGAAAAAAAAUCGCUGGGGGUGAACGAUUUUAAAAUCGUUUUCGUCUGACGAUAAUUUUAUCGUUUUCGUUGUAGUGUGGACACGAACAUAAUUUUUUUCACCAAUCAUCUCGUGUUUACAAGUUAUCGUAUCGUUAUCGUUGUGUAAUGUGUCCUGGGCUUAAAUAAAGCAUGCAAAUCAUUGUUUCAAACUUGUCGAAACUAAAAAGUUACAAUGUCCAAGAUGUUAGAAUCGCGGGGCGGUUGUUCAAAAGCCGGUUAGCUUAAUCCUGGGUUAACUAAAAACAUCAAAGCAAACUUCCCAGCAGUUUGUUCACAAACGUGGAAAUAUUUUUCCUGAAAUCUAUUCUGGAUCAAUAUAGAACUGUUAUUUUCUGAAGUUUUGAAAUGAACAGACAUGUAGAAAUGCACAAAUCAAAACAGCGGGUUAAGUUAGCGACAAUCAAUACUCAUGCCCAUGCAACCUCGUACCUAAGGUCUUUCCUCUUGGGGAGCAAAGACCCCGGUAGACGCUGGUCACGUGAUCUACUAAAAUCUGGCAGAUUUCUAAUUAACUAUCUUGGUUUUCUUUACGACAAUCAUACAAAAUGCAAAUUAUAAAUUAAACUAUCAAAACAAUCCAAAUAUCAAAUGUUUAUUGACCUGAUCUUGGAUUGCUAAUUAAAAAUCUGCUAGAUUUUAGCAGAUCACGUGACCAGCGCCUACCAGGGUCUUUGCUCCCCAAGAGGAAAGUCCCUGGGUACGAGGUUGAUGCCCAUGCAUGGUAUAGUACGGUACGGUAUGGUAAUUGGCAUAGCAUUGUGUGUUAUAGUAACCCAGAUAAUAUAAAUACAAAAGCAAUUUAUACCUUUUAGAUUAUGGCUGUGUACUUUCACCCUAAGUGUGUCAAUUGGUGCUGCAUUAUUGCUGCCAGUUUCCAUUGUAAGCAAUGAACUUCUGUUGAUGUACCAAAGCAGUUAUUACGUGAAAUGGUUAAAUAGUUCUCUUAUUCAUGGUAUGUACAUUUCUGCUUGAACUAUUCAGCAAGUGACGUCACAACACCAUAAUUCGACGUAAUUGUUUGACUUUCGUCAUUUUGGGUGUCAGUGCGCCCAAAAUCACUUGAUUUCUUAGCGUGACGUAAUGUUCCCGCGUGACUGCAAGAUCUGAAUAUGUAUCAAUGAUACUCGUUAAUAUUAGAAUGUUAGAUCGCAGGGCCGUUGGUUCAAUUCCUACCAGAGGACCUUGUGCUGCAUUUUUCGCAGUCGUUCCUAGUCAGGUCUUAAAAUGUAUAUAUACUCACUUGGAUUACAAACUCUAACAUUCUAAUAUUAAUUCCACCAAGUGAAGUGCAAGGAACCUACUCAUUAAUAUGCCUUGCGAGCGGCAAUUUUAACAUUAAAAUUCGAAAACCAUAAUAACUUCUACGUGUUCGUAGAUCUGUAGUUGAAAUUUAUUCCCUGUCUCUCCAUGUAGGGUUUUGAAUUUAAUUUUUUUUGGUAACAUGCAUCAUUCUACAAUAGUCGCAGUUUUUUCACGAAACAUUCAUUGGGAAAAUCUGUGUCACAUUAAGUCAAGAAUAUUUAUUACAAAUCACAAUCAUUUACAGUAUGCAUGACAACAUCAACUCUGUUGUAUUCGUUGCUUCAAUAUCAAUUCAACCCUAACCUACAUUAGAAUGGAAAAGUAAUUGUACGUAUGGAGUGUUCAGCCAUGAUUCAACUGUUUGUAAAUCAAGAUGAACUUAAUCAAGGUGUAUUUCUACGUGUUCGUAAAUCUGUAGUUGAAAUUGAUUCCCUGUCUCUCCAUAUAGGGUUUUGGAAUUUAAUUUUUCUUGGUUCUUAUUUGUCAUUGUUCGUUGCCAUUCCGUUUGCAUACUUUUUUAUCGAGUCUGAAGGUUUUGCUGGAUCAAAAAAGGUAACAAGUUUUUCUAUAUGUAAUGUAUACAUAGUUCGAGACGGUUGUGUCCAACACAGAUCACAAGCUUCAUCGUCUGCUACCGCCCCAAAACAUUCCAUUAAAUUGCCUAAGAAGACAGCUUCCAUUGAUUGUCCGACUACCCGAACUAAUUGUUUUGGGAAUUAACUCUUUUAUUUUUUCCAUGACAAGGAAGUAGAUACGAACUAUACGAUGUAUUUUAAGAUCUUAUUUCAGCCAUAGUAGGCUGCGAUGUAUAAUUCUAUUAAAGUAUCUAACUAUACCUAACUGUCUAACGAAUUAACUAUACAUUGUCAAUUUUUGAAUAUGACUGCGUCCUUGAAAUUGAAAUGUAAGCAUUGUAUAUUGUGUGUUGUUUUUAGGGUAUCAAAGCAAGAAUAUAUGAAACUUUUGUUGUGCUGGGGCUGCUUGUUAUUGUUGUGACAAGUAUUGUUUGGGUUGCGUUGGGAAUUGUUAACAGUGAAUAUGUAUUUGGUCCCGAGAAUGAAGAUGGUAAGUUGUAAAUGUAAUAGUUAUUUCAUAUCGUACUUAGUAGUUAAUUUUUGGCAGUAAGAUUUUUAUAUGGCACUAUUCUGGUAGAAAUAUAUUCUGUUGGCAGUUUGGACCGCAUGGUGGUGUUGGCUCGAGAAGUCCUAAGCGUGGCCGUGGAGGGAAGAUUUCAAGGCCAGGGACAUGCAAGCCUCUCCCGGACUAUUUUGAAACAUAUUAUUGUAAUUGUAUUAAUUUCUUCCGACUUGGGAGGAACAGUUAACUUUAUAGAUUUCUGAAGCGAAGAAUAUAAAACAUAAUUUUGGUCAAGAAAGGUUUUAAUUUUUAUCUAGGCUCAGCACACCUCUAAGGGGUCUUUAUACAAGCUAAUUUUUCUCGGCCUUGUUGCAUUGAUUUGGCCACUGAGAAUUUUUGCCAAGUUCAGAGCAAAAUUUUCUCUCGGCUCUAAUGAUGUCGUGGUUUAAACGGCAAUUACGUUGCUGCAUUUGAGAGAGAAAGGAAAUCUGAACUUCAAAAAUGGUUAACAGGAAGCCCAAAGCCCCAACUUUAGAGAGGGGGUUUCUUUCAAUUUUGAUGUCUUUCAAAAGUGGGGUGUCUAAGUUACAGUAAUUAUAAUCUGAUUUCAUAGAUAUUUUUCAUUCUAUAGGUUUGUGGUUACCAUAUUUACCCUUUAUUUAUUCUUGUAUUUCGUGUAUUGGCGUUUUCUCUUUGUUAAGUAAGUACAUAUGCAGUACUCAUUGUAGACUUGGUUCAAGUCCGUCUUUCAAGAGGUUGAGUGUCCGUCUUUCAAGAGAGUCGGAGAGACGGACUUGGGAAAUUUGCCAGCGCGCCAAAAUUUGCCGUCGGAUUUUUCCUACGGAGGCGUGGCUUGCGAGUUGACAACAACAACAACAACAACAACAACAACAACAACAACAACAACAACAACAACAACAACAACAACAACAACAACAACAACAACAACAACAAAUUUUCGCGUAACUUUCGAAAUGCUGAAAAUGUCCCAAGUCCCUCUCUCCCUACUUUUUUUCCAGGAUGGACUUGGACCAAGACUAUACUCAUUGUACAAAAGACCUUUUCCAAAAUAGCUUCACAACCUCAUUCCAGCCCUUUUUGCGCGAUCUUAAAGCCUAACGUCUCAAUCACGAAAUCUAAGCCAAGGUGACGUACUUUCCGUAAGCGUGUAUUAUUCCAUGGCGCUAUACGUCCUAAUGUGCCCUAGUCAGCCCUUGCAAGUGACGUCAUAAUACAUUCAUUCGACUUCCGCUGUUUGAGGUGGCAAAUGUUUAGAGCUCAAUAAAAACAUAGUUCACACAGCAUCCAUUUGCCGUCAAAAUUUCACAGCUUCACUUUGGUAGAGCUCCAGUUUAUCGCUUUUAUUUACCCUGCUUAAUACGAAUUUAGAAAGGCAAAUUUUUGGCAAAUUUAGACAGUCGUUUCCUUUGCUGUCCGUUAUUUUUGCUACCCAAAUUCGUGUGAUUUCUUAAUUUAAUUUUAAUUUAAUUUUUAUUUUAUAAACUUUGCCGAUGAAACAGUACAUUACAUAACAGGACAAAAACAAACGUACAUAAUGAAAUACAGUACAUGACCACGGCUGGGUGACCGCAACAGCGAAUAGCCAAUUACUGCGGGCCCGAGCAAUUUUAUAGGCCCAUUUCUUAGCUUAGCGUGACGUAAUCUUCCCGCGUGACUGCAAGACCCGAAUACUUUGUUUGGCUACAAUUACAAUGUUUCUCGUGUUUGUUUUAGUUUUCACUCCAGUUGGAUUGACCCGAAUGUUCACCGUACUUGAAAAGUAUGUUGUGAAACCUCAGGUAUAAAACAUAAUAUGGUCAUUAAAGAGUCAUUGUCAACCACAAUGCAUUUGUUUACAUCUUACCUUUGGAAGUGACAAAUAGCAACAAAUGACGAUUAUAUAAACAUUUCUUUGGUGCAAUUUUAGUAUAAAAAAGUUAAAAUGAGCAAAUUUAACCCUAGGAUGGUAGUAAUAUAUUAUGGAUUGAAAACGAAACAUCUAUUAUUCCGCCAUUAAAAUGGCCGCCAACGGCAGGGUUGGGAGCACAAUGCAUUGUGGUUGACAAUGACUCUUUAACCCUUUAAGUGGCAAUGCACCCUGAUGCGCCUUUUACCUUAGUAUUUUACUCUGUCUAACGCCAGACGAUUUUACUCGUCAAGCGAAGAGUGCUGCCACUUAAUGGGUUAACUCAGAACUUAUGCCAGUGCCUUGUAGGAGGGUUCGUACAAAACUUGAAAGUCCUUGAAUUUAAGAACAAAAAUUCAACCCCUCAAAAAUCCUUGAAUUUAAAAGUGCUUGAAAGUCCUUAAAUUCUUUAUUUUCUGCACAUCCUCUUAAAUUAUUUGACAUUAAAUAACGGACAUAUUGUUGAAUUGAUCGUGCUCAUGUCUUUACAAAGCUUGUUUGAAAUUCAGUAUAGUUGUCAUUUGAACAGUUUGACGUCACUUUCAGUUUUAACUCAUUUCUAGCGCCUUCUUUUCAGCCCUUUAGUCCUUGAAUUUCCUGAUACAUGAAAGUCCAUGAAAAUUCCUUCCUUGUACGAAUCCUGAUGUACAGUAGGCAUAUACAAACAUGACGUUUCAUCAACACCACAAAUUCAGUCUUGAUUAGUAUACAGCACUAAAUUCUGAAAUUAUACUUUCUUUGUUAUCAGUUUCUUAGUGAUAUCGAUGCGGAAUUGUAUAUCAUAAAGAUGGAGAGGCAGAUAAUCAAUAAAAAAAUGAAGCAAACUGUAAGAAAACGAUCAACAGGUGUCAUUCCUAAUGGUACAGGUAUGUAAAUAUAUAAGGUGAAGUGUGUUUGGUUUACGAAACAUCUGAGAGUGCUUGAUAGGGUUAAAGCAAGUAGUAUAGGGUAUUAUCCCAUACCUGUGUUAAAAGUGGCUUGCUGAUUGGUUUAGAGCAGGUGAGCUUGUCGUCGAGCUCACCUGCUUUUUGCCCGAACUCACCUGCUUUUCGCCGAACUCACCCGCGAAUUAACAAUGGCGGACAAGAUCUAGAUUUAGCCGAUAAACCUAAACUUUAAAGAACUUUUUUCGGUGACUAACCUGCUGAGACCCUACUGAGACUGAAGAAAAACCAAAGAAAAAAUGCAAUAAAGGUAAUCUAGACGUAUAUUAAGAGCCCAGUGAUUUUUUUGGCCGGAAAAAUGUUGACAAAGCAUCGACGAAUAUAUCGCGAAGAGCUGUAAUAUGUGUAUGGCUCGGUGUAUGGGAUAAAAACCAAACAUACUUGCAGGUUCGGUGAGUCCGGGAUUGGACGCACCUCGGGUGGCUGGAAGUUUCCCGAACUCACCUCGCUUCGCUCGAUGAGUUCGCGAAACUUCCAGCCACCCUUGGUGCAUCCAAUCCCGGACUCACCUCCCUGCAAGUAUGUUUGUUAUAAAGCCAUUGGUGGAGGAUUUUGUAGAUGGAAAUUUCGAGUAGGAGCAGCUGCGAAACACUAGCUCAAUCGAGUGAGAUGCAAAAAAAAAUCCUGAUAUUUACCCAUAAAAUCAUUGGUUGUGAAGGUUUUAAGGCUCUGGUUUUAAGGAAAGCCAAGUUAUAAAAUUGAGUGAUUACAAUGGUCAGAUAGAUCUGAAAACAUGGGGUUGAUAGACGAGAAACCACAUGUGCAAGGAUUGAGUCGCAAACUCGAACAACAAAUUAUUCAUGUCAUGACGUUGAAUGUUUUAGGUAUACAAAAUGGCGGCAGUCGUUCUAACGUUGAUCACGAGGAAUCCUACAAACAAUUAGAUGAAAUGGAACAAGAAAAAAAGAAGCUAGGUUACAGUAAAGUUCUAGUAUUAUCAUUUCACAUGGUAGCAUACUAUAAUUAUUGUGCUAAUUACGCGAUCAGAAUUAGUGGUCAGUUACACUGGCUUUGCGUUUCGUACUCGUUGGCAAUGCUUUUUGAUAAACAUGGUUGCUGACAUGUUUUGCUCACUUGUGUUGCUACUAGUGUUGCAACCAUGUUCUAAUUGAAUUCUUUCAGUCUCUAUUUUUACCUCGUCCGUAUGUGCAUGUAUGUCGGUCAGUCAGUUGGUGUGUCAUUCUUUCAGCAAACCAGGUUCCCAGUUGUUGUAGGCUACGAAAACUGCUGCUUUAUAGAGUAUUGAACGGCUAGUCACGAGUAAAUCGAUAUGUCAGUCGGCCCACCAGUCUUCUUCAGUCUUCAUCCACCAGUCUUUAUCAAUCAUACUAGGAACUCGAGCAUGAUUGAUACUCCUUUAUACAGAACAGCGACUGGGCAACGAUCUUUCAAAUUCAGAAUGGCCACAAUUUGGAAUGGACCAUUUGCAUUAUAGACUAAAUUUUGAUCUCAACAAGUCUAGACAAAAAUUUCAUCACAGCUUGAAGGAGCAUCACAAAAUUAGUAAUAUUCCAAAGUUUCGUUGCGAAAUGUUGUAAAAUGCGGAUAAUAUAGCCUUGCGAAGUUUGCCGUUUUUCAGUCAGUUUCUAUUACAAACGGGAAAUUGACAGCCCCAAAGGGUAUUGGGCUGUCAAUUUCCCCCGCGUAAUGCAAAAUGACUGAAAAACGGCAAACUUUGCAAGGCUAUAUUAUCCGCAUUUUACAACAUUUCGCAACGAAACUUUGGAGUAUUACUAAUUUUGCGAUGCUCUUUCAAGCUGUGAUGAAAUGUUUGUCUAGACUUGUUUAGAUCAAAAUUUAGUCUAUAAUGCAAAUGGUCCAUUCCUUAAAACCAGAACUUAGGACCUGCGAAACAACGAAAGACUUGUAGAAACAUUUAGGACCAAUCUUAAGAAAUCUUGAUGUAAAUAGCAUAUAUAUUUGUGUGUGUGUUGUUAUGUGUAUGUGUGUGUGUCUAUUAUUAUGGUGUAUAAAUAAUUUAGAUAAUUUUAUAUGUAAUAUUUCGCUGAAAAGCCUUUUAAGGGAUGUGAAAUAAAAAUACAAUACAAUACAAUCUCACUAUGUAUCUCAUUAUGUAUGCAGAAUCGGGUGGAUAUGAAAACACAAUGAUAUAACCACCCGAAUCUGCAUACAUAAUGAGCUACAGGAUAACUCGCUUGAUAGCAGAGUCAGACGAAUUUUUAAGUGAAUACAUCUAUUUGUUGGGUUGGCUAUGGUUUUAUGUUGUAUUGCGUUGCCGAUAACUCUCCCAGCCAGCAACAUUGAAAUCGGCGAGGCGGGUUUUAGAUGUUAUUUUCGCAAUUGUUUACGAAAAUAACCUUCCAAUCUAAGUGUCCCACCUUUCAAUCUCACUGAUUGUAGUCAGUGGACUUUGUUGACACAUUGUCAUUAUUGUACAAUUAUAUAUUUCCUAUUAGAGCGUCGCCGUGAUGCGUCGUCGUGGCAAAGAAACUUGGUUUAUCCACUGUGCUUUUUGGUGCUUCUACUGCUUACUGUAAGUGUAAAUAAUGUAGUUUAUGGUGCUUUGACUGUAUGUUGACGUCAUCUGAAAAUCAAGCAAUCAGACCAAUGACGGCACUAGAUGAAGUGAGGCGCAAAAGAGGCAACUGACCGCCUCCUUAGCUCACAAUAGUUUCUUUAAACGAUAGUGGAGUAACAAUAAAAGCCUGAUAAUGUAUCAUUUUAGCAAUUUUGCUUAUGUUUGAGACUGAAGGCCUGACAUGCAUUUGCAACUGACGGUGGGAAAUAUGUUGCCAAUCUUGAUUUGCACUGACUAUAUAUAGCCUGCAAAACAGGCAUUUUGGUUGAGCCUGCCUGAAUACCCAGGCUACACUGUCUAUAUAUUUCGUGUAUAAUGUAUUGUAUAAGUGUAUCUUUCUGCGGGUUAAAAGUGGUACUAUACGUUUUCUCAUGAUCAAUAACAAUUUCUUUAAACAGUUCAGAUCCUAAACAAAUAUAAUUUUAUCUUUUUUGCAGGGAAACUACCUGUAUUUUGCUUCCGAUUCAGCGUUUAUUUAUUUUUAACAGGCAAUUUCCAUGGCAAUGGUUGCUUUGAACUUUUUGAGCUUACUUUUUGUGGACGAGGCUUUACCUAUGAGAGCUUCAGUAAGUGAAGAUUUUUGCUGGGAGAACUACUACUUGAAAUUAUUAAUUCAAAGUUUAAAUUUAGCAUUUGGUCGAAAAAACUGAUAUUUGGUCGGAAAUGUCCUUUAUUGUUGUCUAUGGUAUAAAGUAUUGACUUGAUUUACUUUGGCUUGGGGUCGAAGUGAAGGCCUGGCCCUGGAGUAAAAAAGAAAUCGAAAAUUUGACUACUCGGACAUUUUUCCGGACAACUUUUGAACGUUAACGGCACAGUUCAGCCUUUUGAAUGAUGGUUUUUAAGGCGCAUUUCAACCCUUUUAAUUGACAAAAACUAACUAGGAAAAUCAAUUAUACAUAAUUCAAGAUCAGUAAACUCAAUGUUUUUAACAAUAAAAAUUUUAUUUAUUUAUUUAUUCAUUUUGUCACGCACAUAAAAGAUAUACAUUUACAUAGGGAUAUAACAAUAACAAUAACUAGAAAAUGCUGUGACAGGAGAAGAAAACAGAAACUAAUCAAUCAAUCAAUUUUAUUGAGCACCAUUAUUUCAAUUAUGUUAUUUACAUUAAAUAUUUGGAUCCUGAUUUAGGUGCCAGCUAGCAGCAGUAACCAUUAGGUUAAACGAGGCAGCUAGCUUAAUAAAUAAAUAAUAUAUUUCCAUUUCAAAUUAAUUUUAAUUAAAGCACAGAUGUAUAACUUGAAGGUCAAAAAUUGUUCAUAUAUAAAGAAGUAGUUCACUAUUACUAGUACCUUGCUUAUAACUAUUCAAAAAAAGAGAAAAAACAAAAAGAAGAGAAAAAACAAAGGGAAGAGAAAAAAAGAAAAUCUUGUUCAAAUAUAAUUGCAUGUAAUUAUUAAUUUUGUAUUUUCAAUUUUGUUUUGUUAGUUUUGACAAUCAUUCCUUGUAUUUUUGCAGUAGGAAUUUUUUUAACUUCAGCUUUAAAUUUUGAUUGUUUAAGUUUCUUUAUUUCAUCAUCAAUUUCAUUCCAUACCUUUACGCCCGAAAAGCGUAUAUUAAAUUUUCCAUAUUUGGUUCUUAUCUUUGGAAUAGAAUAAGUCAAUCUUGAAGCAAAUCUGGUAUUAUGAUUAUGUUUUUCUUUUACAGAAGUAAAAAAAGUGUGAAAUAUUUCUGGCAAGUUUCCAUUAUAGAAAUCAUGCAUAAAUGCUGCAUUCCAAUAGAAGACAAGAUCAUGCAUCUUCAAUAUAUUUAAUUUUAUAAAUAAAGGAUCUGUAUGGUCAUUAAAAUUUGAAAAGGUCAUUAACCUAACUAUUUUUCUGGUUUGACAAUGACUUUGAAAUAGAGUCGAACUAUCACCGCAAAAUUGUUGUCUUGUGUUAUAGCUCGUAUCUUGAGUUUACAAGAUGUUAUUCUUCGGAGUAUGUUUUUUCUUGUAUUCUAACUAUUUUUUCUGCAAAAUAAACAAAGGAUCGAUAGAUGAAGCAUAGGUGUUUCCCCAAACCAUUAGUGCAUACAAUAUGUUAGAAAUGGGUAAAUAAGGGAAUAAUAAAGGUUCAUGAGUACAUCAAUACUAACAAAAUGCCUUAUUUUGGAUAUUGCACCUAUAUUGCGUUUAACCUUUUUCGAUAUAAUUGACACAUGCGAUUUCCAAUUUAAAUGACAGUCAAUUGCUACACCCAAGUAGGCUAAGUGGUACUAAAUUCUCGUUUAAGUAUUUGAUUAUUUAAGAAGACUUUAAUUUCGUAGUUAAACUUUCUCUGAACCGAGUGAAAUAUGAUAUAGUUUGAUUUUUCAAUAUUUAAGGACAAUUUAUUAGCACAAAGCCAACGAUAAACUUCUGAUAGUUGAGCGUUAACCCUUGUUUCCAGCCUUGACAAACUCUUAUCGGAACAGAAGAGAUUUGAGUCAUCAGCAAAAAGGUGAAUAUCAAGAUCACUAGUAGUGUUUUUCAUAUCAUUAAUAUAUUAUUAAAAGAAAAAGUAGAGGGCCAAGAGCAGAACCUUGUGGCAUCCCACAGGUAACAUCUAGUAAUCCUGAUGAGACACCUCCUAUUGAAACAAAUUGUUUUCUAUUAUAUAAAUAUGACUUAAACCAGUCAUAUACUAUACCUAUAAAUCCAUAAUGCUCAAGUUUUUGUGACAGAAUAGAAUGAUUAACUGUAUCAAAGGCCUUAGAUACAUCUAAGAAAAUACCACACGAGUAGUGACCAUUUUCAACAGCUGUUUGUAUCUGAUCAGUAAUCGAAAGUGUUGCAUGUAAUGUAGAAUGUUUUGCACGAAAGCCGAAUUGCUUAUUGUAUAAGAUAUUGUGUUUUUCAAUGAAACAACUAAUUCUAUUAAAAACAAGUUUUCUAACAAUUUAUUGAAAAUUGAUAGCAAAGAAGUCGGACGAUAAUUAUUACAAUGCAUAGUUGAACCUUUUUUGUGUACAGGAAUUACCCUGGCUAAAUUCCAAUUGAUAUUCGACCCCUUAACAAUUAAUGGAUAACGAGACGUACUAAUACAAUUAUGUACGAACAUAUCACAGAUUACAUGCACCUUAACAUAUAGGAUACUGUACAACGAAUUUUAGAGUAAAAAUGUUUUAAAAUGUUAAAAACAUUAAGUUUGCUGAUCUUGAAUUAUGCUUAAUUGAUUUUCCUUGUUAGUUUUUUCAAUUAAAAGGGCUGAAAUGCGCCUUAAAAACCAUCAUUCAAAAGGCUGAACUGUGCCUUUAAUUCAGGCUCUGUAUCAGCUAAUCGAACGACGAACAAUGGGCCUGGACUAUAGCUGAAACGUUUUAACUAGUACUUAAUAAUGACUAGCACAUGACCAAAAAAACGUGGGAACAAAAUCAAAUACAUUUCAUUAAUCUUAAUGAGAAAAUGGAUGUCACUUGAACAACGAAAGUGUCCACCAUUUCCCAUCGUGUAUUUUAAUUAUAAAUAUGUAUGUAUAUAAGUAUAUUAUAUCUAAUAUGGUUGUUCAGUGCAUAAUAAGGCAAAUAAUUCAUUGUUGUUAUCAUUAUUUUAAGAAAGUUGUGAUUGGGAAAGUUUCGUCCUCAAUCAUGGGAAAAUUUGGAGCAGUCUUGGAGAUCAUACUUAUUUUGUAUCCUUUACAUAGAUACAGUAGACAGUUUCAAACACGCUGACCCUGUCAACCGAAGCUGAUUUCCACGAGGGGCGUGUACGUGCAAAAGUGUUUUAAAAUUACAGCGAUGUAAUUUUAGAACACUUAAGGCUGCAGUGAUUACAUUGGUUGAUAUAUAAAGGCACAGUUCAGGCUUUUGAAUGCGGGUGAAUUUGUUCAUUUGUUGUUGUCGUUGGGACUGCAAUAAUUGGCCAUUUGCUGUUGCGGUAACCCUGUCACAUAUUAUAUUUGUAAUUCUGACGUAGCUAACAAAUUGAAAUUGAAGAUGAUGUAGUAUUAUAAUGCAUAUUAUAUUGCUUACCUUCUCGUUGUACUAUUUUAUGGCAGUAAAAUAUCAACAGCUUCGAGAAAGCGUACAAUUUAGUCCAAUACAUGUUUCAACGUGAAAUUGGACUGCGACCAAAUAGUCGAUCUUUUGUUUGAAUUUUUCCUUAAUAUAUCUUAGGAAGCGUUCACCGUAGAAAUACUCACAAACUUAAUUGAAGAAAGUAAUGAUUUUUUCAAAAUUGCAUGUUGUGCGCAUCGUCGCAUCGUAUUAAGACCAUCAUUCAAAGGUCAUGCUGUGUCUUCAAUCUCGGGGGAUAUAGUAAUACUGGCAAACGUUAUCCUAAAGGGCAUACACAUAUUGUACAGAUACUGGUGCAUCAAACAAUGUAGCCUAGGCUAAUUUGCCAUUAAUUCAUCGCAUGUACUGUUUUCAUUUCUUAACCACUAUCAGCUAUCUCAUGGCUGCAUCAUUAAUGGGAUUUUAUAGUCUUCCCUGGUUUGCAAAGCUUACACCAAUUGUAAAAAAUACACCUAUGACACAGGUACUGUAGUGUUAAAGGGCAUGCAAUAUAAAUUGAAAGAACAUUUGAAAUUAUGUAUAAACUUCCUUUACAAUUAUUCCGUAUCUUGCUUGGUUUUCGAAAUAAAUCGACUUAUUUUGAUCAAAAGCAGCGUGUAUUCCGCCAUCUUGGAUAUGCAUUCGAUAUGCAUACGUCACAAGUAGGGUAAAGAGCGAAAUUUUUAUCUUGCCAACCACAUGUCAUUAUCAAUAUGAAACUCGAUUUUCCGAAGUCCUUUUAGUACUCAAUUAACUCACAACAUUUUAAGAAAUUUUUCGAAGAAAUUUUAAUAGUCCCACAUGAAGAAGUUUUAACAAGUUUAUCCUGCUUCUGACGUCAUCAAAAACUCAGUUAAUUUACCAAGGUGGCGGACUGCACACUGUUUUUGGUAAAAGUAUUUUGAAAACCAAGCAAGGUACGAAAAUUUCUUUCUUCUUUCUUCAUAUAUAACUUUAAAAGUUCUUUCGAAUAAGACAAAGUUAAUUUUUAUUGCCAUAUCCCUUUAAGGCAGUGUGUUACGGAAACAGAAGUAACUUAUUUUAAAUGGGAAUGUUUCUAGCAAUCAAUUGUUCCUGGUUCGGACCAUCGUUAGGAAUUCAUCAGGGAUGGAUCCAGCCAAAUCUGUGUGUGUGUGAUCAUCGACCCAUAGUCAUGGUUUGGGAUGCGACCGUUGACCAAGUUCAUAAUCAAAUGGAGCUUCGCACAGCAGUGGUCCGUAGAUUUGGCGAAACAUUGCCCUUGGGGCAAUGGUGACAUGAUAUUUCCUUUCCAAAUUAACAAAUUGGAUUGGCACCCAAUCAGACGUCGUCAUUCCCAAGAUGUCGAUUUCACGACGUUAGGAAUGUGGUUGCAAUUCCUGAAUGUUCUGACGCAAAUCGUUGAACGUUUUUUUCGAGCGAGAGGAAGGAUCCACGGUUUUGGUAGUAUCUCUUUAUACAAUAAGCAUAAAUGUCGAGCAAUCUACAGCAGAGAACAGUUUACUUCAUUUAAACUUUUUCUAAAUUCACAGGCAGUAAUUGUUACAGUAACGCCCAAAAAAGAUAAAGAAAACAGUUUUUCGGUUUCAUGGUUCUAAUCUAAGGUUCAGAUUUGAUUUCCGUUACCAUUAAGGAACCAUUGACCAAUCAGAUGCAUUUGAACUAUCCGAUUAACCAAUCAGAUGUGUACUAAGCCAGUGAAAAGUAGUGAUAACGGUAGUGGAAGUCAAAUCUGAACCUCUCUAACAAAAGUUCUGGUAAAUAUCCGGCAAACCCGCAAAAUUUCUAUUGGAUGCAGUAUGUCUAUAUACAUGUAUUUUAUCGGUAUCCGAAUUUGGCACAUCCCUAGUUUAAGAUCAUUUUUUUGUUCUUCGCACUUGUAGGUAAUAGCAAAUUGUGUUGUAUUGCUUGUUCUCAGUUCCGCUCUUCCCGUACUGGCAAGAAUGUUAGGUAAGAAUACAUAUAAUGCAGUCUGAUGGCGACUGGAUGCGUUUCAAGAUUUGUUGAUACCCAAUUCACAACUUUAGAUCACAGAAACUCAUAAUAGAACAAAGGAAAUAAGCUCUAGAAUUAUCUACAUGAGUGAAUAACUCUUAUACAUAAUUCUAAUGCUUAGUUACCUUUAUCCUUUUUUAUGCUUCUGUAACUAUAGAACAAUAGUAACUAGGCAUGUGAGUCAUCUACUUUGUGAAUUGGAUAGCGACGAUGUAAGCAACGUUAGCUAAAUUUGUCUAUAGCAGCACAUGGUAACAGACUAUAUACAGUAUAUAGACAGGGUUUUCAGUUUUGUGUGAGGCUCUGGCUAAUGGCGAUGAAGCUAUGGCGAUAGAUAUUAUUUCUACCGAUAGAAUGUACAAAUUUGGGCGAGUACACAUAAUAGAGACGUGACUAAACGUACAAGCUCUGGCGAAUUUGGGUGGGGUUGAAUGAAAAAGUCUAGCGAAAUUCGCCGUUCGCCGGCCUAAACUGAAAACCUUGAUAGACUAUACAUAGUCCGACUCGGCGAAAAGCCCGUAACCGGCCUGCAUGUCCCUAACCCGAACAAGAGGCAUUCACCUACCGAACGUCUAAACACUUUGAAACGCCAUUUUGAAUGUUUUCGGGGGGGGGAACUUCCUCUCCCUAGCGCACUGGCUAGGAACAUGGCCACAGAACAUGGCCGCCGGUUAUCAGUGACAUCAAAGGCGCGGACAAAGAGUUGGACCUAGUCUAUACUCUUUUGAUAUGGUGGUCAACUCGAAAAAAGAAAGGAGUUGUUGAAUUGACUAAUCUGUUCCCUAUGUGUAUUAGACUGUGUAUAUAGAGGGACAGCAGUUUUAGCGAUGUGGAUAUUAAUAUUAACCAAUCUAUUUGGUGACAAAUAUAUGCCAUGGAAACAUUUAUAGCAUGAUUUGUUCGCUCUAAUAGUUAUGGUAAAGAUUACAUUUUGAAGUAGACCACCAUGUGUAGCGCCAUUCCCAAAAGCGAGAACGCCCUUAACUAUGAUCUACAUUUAAUAACCCACAAUAAUUUUGUAUUACAGGAAUCACAACAUUUGAUUUGAUGGGAGAAUUUGGUCGUUUUGAUUGGCUUGGAAACUUACACUUGAUCAUAAUUUACAACUUAUGGUUUGAAGUUGCAACUGCUGUUUGUCUAAUGAAGAAACUAACUGCAGCCGUACGUGAAGCGCUUUUUGAACGCUUUAAAAAACCAUGGAAGAAACUCAAGUCUUUAGUUUGACAAUGCUAAGAGCCUAAGACAUGCACGUUUGUCAUUUGUAUUUAUUGUAAAUAAAACAUUUAAUAUAGUAACUAUAGAAGUGGAAAUAUAUUUUGUUUUAUACUGCAUGAGACAUGUGAUGCAUGUUAAAAUGGUCCUAACACAACUUGAGGAAAUUGAACCAGCAAAGUCAAAUUCAC